GGUUUCUGAAUGUUUAUGGUGUGGCCAUGGAGGCAUAAAUUUGGUUCAGAAAACUACACUUUCUUUCUUUUUCUCUCUCUCUCUCUCUGCAGGACCAGCUGUGGAAGUAGUUAUAAACAACUUGAAAAGGAGAAGGCAGUGAACAAACUUUGAGUUCUUCUCAGAAGUUUCUUCAAUCACAAUUGUGCGUAGUUAUGGGAAUGAAAAGAUAUUCAGAACAUAGCAAUGAUCCAUUUUUUGUUGCAGCUCACAACAACAGAAGAAGACAACAACAGCAAUGCACACAACCAGACAAUAAUGGUGUCCCAGAAGAGACAUGUGCACAACAAAACCAUUCUCCAAAAUUGGCUUCUUUCACUUCCCAAAAUGUUCCACUUCUCACAACUAUACCUUCUUUUGUUGCCUUGCUGCUCCUCGUUUCUUCAAUUGCCCCAGCAAUGUGCCACUCUCUGCAGGGUAACCACACUUUUUUUAGGCCACACCAUGAGCUCCUCAACUUGAGAAGAGUCAGGGCUCACUUGAACAAGAUUAACAAGCCCCCUGUCAAGACAAUUCAGAGUCCAGAUGGUGAUUUGAUUGAUUGUGUGUUAUCUCACCUGCAACCAGCUUUUGACCAUCCUAUGCUUAGAAAUCACACAGCAUUGGAUCCACCAGAGAGGCCAAGGGGAAAAAACCAGACCAAAGUAGAUAGGGAAAAUGAGAGCUUUCAGGUGUGGAGUGAUUCUGGUGAAACAUGCCCAGAAGGAACUGUACCAAUCAGAAGAACAACAGAGGAGGAUAUUCUGAGAGCAAGUUCUAUCCGAAGAUUUGGAAGAAAACCAAGAACUGUACGGAGAGACUCAUCUGGCAGUGGUCAUGAGCAUGCUGUUGUUUUUGUAAAUGGUGAACAAUACUAUGGAGCAAGGGCAAGCAUAAACGUGUGGGCACCAAGUGUGAGUGAUGAAUUUGAAUUCAGCUUAUCACAAAUGUGGGUUAUUGCUGGGUCCUUUGGUAAAGAUCUGAACACCAUAGAAGCUGGUUGGCAGGUGAGUCCCCAACUGUAUGGAGACAACUAUCCAAGGUUCUUCACUUAUUGGACAACAGAUGCAUAUCAAACAACUGGGUGUUACAAUUUACUCUGUUCAGGCUUCAUUCAAACCAACAAUAGGGUAGCAAUAGGAGCAGCAAUCUCUCCAAGAUCUGCUUACAACAGAAGACAGUUUGAUAUUAGCUUAAUGAUUUGGAAGGAUCCAAAGCAUGGACAUUGGUGGUUGGAGUUUGGAUCAGGAGUACUAGUGGGGUAUUGGCCAGCAAACAUGUUCAGUCACUUGAGGAGUCAUGCAAGUAUGGUGCAGUUCGGAGGAGAAAUAGUGAACAGUCGUUCAAGGGGUUACCACACUGCCACACAAAUGGGGAGUGGCCAUUUUGCCGAAGAAGGGUUCAGAAAAUCAGCAUAUUUUAGAAACUUGCAAGUCGUUGAUUGGGACAAUAGCUUGCUUCCUCUUAGAAACAUUCAUCAUUUGGCUGAUCAUUCCAAUUGCUACAACAUUAGGCAAGGAACCAGCAAUGUUUGGGGAACUUACUUUUACUAUGGAGGUCCUGGAAGAAAUGUCAGAUGCCCAUGAACAAAAAAGAUAAAAUAGCAUCCAAUAUAGAUUAGACUUUUCUCUCUCAUGUCUAUGUCUAUCUUGUUCCAUUUUUCUUAUAUUGGAUUAUUGAUUUGUUCCUUAUAUAUAUAAAAAUAUCGGUGUUUACUGUUUUGGGUCUAUA